GCAACUAAACGUAGUUAUUGCAGAUAUUAAGGAAUGAGCGACUGUAAUUAUUUCCUUUAGCCAAACCUUUAUUGCUCAUACAUUUUUUAUAAAGGCGUAUUAUUAUACAAUGUGAGCCACAUUUAUACAGGUGUCACAUUUCUGGGAGCGUCAUUCAGGUGUGGGGCGGUUUGUUUUUGAAUUGAAGAAAAGCUGUCGGACUUGAAUUGCUACCUGCAUCUACCGCGACUGUCUUCACGGAAGUUGACGUAUUGGUCGUCGUUUGAAAGGUUACUUUCAUUGAACAUUAAGUCACAGAAUGAGCAAAAUUUCGAAGAUGUUUAAGGGAAGCUCAGGUUCGAGUUCUAGCUAUACUUCAAGCUCUUCGAGAUCGAAACAUGGCCAUCGCUCGCGAACAGGACCUACCCCGCAGGAGGCCAUUCACAAACUCCGGGAAACUGAGGCAAUGUUGGCUAAAAAACAGGACUUUUUGGAAAAUAAAAUACAACAAGAAAUUGCGAUAGCUAAGAAAAAUGGCCUCAAGAAUAAACGUGCGGCCCUCCAGGCACUGAAAAGGAAGAAGCGCUUGGAGCAGCAGCUCACGCAGAUUGAUGGGACCCUCUCCACUAUCGAGUUCCAGAGGGAGGCAUUGGAGAAUGCAAACACCAACACUGAAGUCCUGAAGAACAUGGGCUAUGCUGCCAAGGCCAUCAAGGGGAUUCACCAGAACAUGGACCUGGAAAAGAUUGACUCUCUGAUGCAGGACAUCACUGAGCAACAGGAAGUGGCUCAGGAGAUCUGUGAUGCUAUCUCCCGUCCUUUUGGAGAUACAUUUGAUGAGGAUGAGCUGUUGGCCGAGCUGGCAGAGCUGGAACAGGAGGAGCUGGAGGCAAGCAUGAGGAACAUGGGUAGAAUGCCCAGCGUGCCCACCUCCAAAGUGCCCACCUCCAAAGUGCCCACCUCCAAAGUGCCUUCCUCCGGGCCCAGCCACCGCAUACCAUCCAGAAAGAGGGCAGAGGAGAAUGAUGACAUGCAGGCCCUGGCAGCUUGGGCAACAUAAUUUAAUAAGUCUUAUGUCACACUAACACAGACUUGGAAAUGUAUGAAGGUUCAUUUGAAUAGUUUCUAUUAUGUUUAAGAAGGAAAGGUCUGUGAACUUCAAUUCAAUGUAUUGUUUAUUUUAAUGUAUCAAUUGUUUGGACUUCAAACAUCAGGAAACAUGGAAAUUAAGUAUUGGAGAGUGAUAAUAAUUUGGUGACUAGGGUAAAUAUUAGCUCAAAUACUGAAAUUUCCUGUCAGUGAAGGAUAUAUUACUUAUCUUCAAGUUGCAGUCUGAUUUAUGGCCACUGGUUGAAAAAGUGGUGCUGUCAAGACAAAAAGUGUCUGUAAAAAUCAAGCGUGCCGCACAAGC